AUGAAAAAUCUAAGGAUGCUCAUUCUUCAAAAUGCGCGCUUUUUUUGUGACAUUGAAUAUCUUUCAAAUGAAUUAAGAUAUUUGGAAUGGCAUGAAUAUCCAUUUAAAUCACUGCCAUCAACUUUUCAACCAAAUAAACUUGUUGAGCUCCACUUGCAACACAGCAACUUGAAAAAAUUAUGGAAAGCAAUAAAGCCUUUGCAGUUGCUGAAGAUCAUUGAUCUUAGUUAUUCUCAAUGUUUAAUCAAGACCCCAGACUUUAGAGAUGUCCCAAAUCUUGAGGUGUUGAAUCUUGAAGGUUGUAAAAGCCUAGUUAAGGUGCACCAAUCCAUUGGAUUAUUGACAAGGUUGGUUUGUUUGAACAUGGAAGGCUGCGAAAACUUAGUUACUCUUCCAAGUGGCAAUUGGAAUUUGAAGUCCCUCAAGAUUCUUAAUUUACGUGGCUGCUCGAAGCUUAGCAAACUACCCGAGGGGUUGGUGAGUAUGACGAGUUUGGAGGAGCUUGAUGUAGCUGGAGUUGGUUCUGGACAAGCGAAAUUGGCUAAAGCAUGGGAUCUUCUAAGUAAUUACUUACAGCCUACUAAGAGGAACGAAAAUCUACUGGCUUUAGCUAUCCCAAAUUUACAAGCUCUAAGGAAACUGGAUAUGAGUUACUGCAACCUUUCACAAGUUCCAAAUGAUCUGAGCUGCUUGCGGUCAUUGGUACAACUAAAUUUAAGUGGAAAUCAUCUUUUGAGCAUACCUUCAAGCAUCAUCCAACUUUCUAACCUUAUAGAUGUUGAUUUUUCUAAUUGCACAAGACUUGAGUCGUUGCCUUCUCUUCCAUCUAAUAUUCAACGUCUAGAUAUGGAAAAUUGCACUGCAUUGCAAACACUUCCAAAUAUAUUUGAAAAACACAAUAUCCAGAAGAGUUUUUACAUCGGUUUCUCCAAUUGCUCCAAAUUGAAUUACUUUCAAAGUAAAAUUACUGUGGCAUUUACAUGGCUGAGGAGUUACUUGCUUUGGUUAUAUGAAAUUCGGAAGCUACUGAAGGUACGGGAUAGUAUCCUAAGUGAAGAGUUCAGAGAAAUUUGCUAUGAAGAGUUCAUAGAAAUUUGCUAUCAGAGAUGCGGUAGUCCAUACCCUCGACUCCCUGACUUCUAUAUAUACGUACCCGGAAGUGUAAUUCCUGAUUGGUUCAGCAAUCAGGGAGUCAAGAGCCCUUUGAGAAUGCAACUACCUCCACAUGAAAAUUGGUGGAAUAUUGCGGGUUUUGCAGUUUGUGCUAUUGUUGGGGAGAGAAGAUGUCGUGAACCUAUUUGUCGCAUUGCAGUCAAUGGUAUAAGUGAGUGGCAAUUCACAGUCCCCAUUCCUGGAGAUUCGAAAGUUGCAUUGGAUCACCUUAGCCUGUUCUUCAUUGUAAGUCGCAAGCUAGAUAGGCACAAGGAACUCAGUCCAACUGAGCUGGUUCUUGAUUUCACAGAAGAGGAAAUCAAGAAGUGUGGAAUCCGUGUGGUAUACGACGAAGAAAUACAAGAGCUAAUCCAAUCCAACAAACCUUUGGAAAGUUUAAGUGUUUUAAGUGAAGAAGGGUAG